GCGCUCCUGAGAGUAGGAGGACAGGUUCGCUGCAGCGAAGCGGCGCAGCAAACGCACACAGUCGGGUAACUUGUUCACCAUGGUGAGCCGCUACCUCUCCGUCGCGCUCGUCCCGGUCCUGCUGCUGAUCCCUCGGCCGAACGGUCCGUGGCGCGUCGCGGUGGCGGCGGAGUACUCCAAAACCGACUUGGACUAUGAGUUCGGCGACUACAGGGGGAAGUGGUGUAUCGACGACCACGGUUUCGUGUACAGCAUCGGAGAGGUUUACUACCCGAGCCCCACGUCGUGUCCGUGCACGUGCACUAUCGACGGCCCCGUGUGCGUCCGGCCCAAGUGUCCUCGCAUCCAUCCCCGGUGCACGCGGAUCAGGUAUAAAGCGUGCUGCCCGGUGUGCGAGGCUAUGGCCAGAGUCUGUGUCUACGGGGGCAAAACAUACAGGCUGCUGGAGGAGUUCAGGUUGUCGAGGUGCGAGCGAUGUCGCUGUGAGGCUAACAGAGAGGUGUACUGCAGCAUUUCAGACUGCCCGGCCCCACACUGCGUCAACCCCACCUACGAACCCAACCACUGCUGCCCCAUCUGUAAGACCGGUCCCAACUGCUUUGCUGGGAGCAGGGUGAUCCCAGCAGGGGAGCGAGUGAACAUUGACGAGCGAACAGUAUGCUACUGCACCUACCGAGACGGGACGUGGCACACCCACCCCCAGGCCACCUGUGAACAGCGCCCGCAGCCCAGCCCAACACUGAGCACCCGCACUGAGGCCCCCAGGGACGAGGACAGCAAAGGGAGAGGAGGGAGGCCAUUUAUUCCCAGAUUGGAUGUCAUACCUUGAAUUUUCUUAGAUAAAUUUCUCACAGAGGAAAAAUCACUCUUUAGGUACAAAUAAUCUCAUCAUUCUGUCAAACUGCCGCUUAGAGGUCAUCACACCAUGAAAAAGUCAGACUGUAAAAUAAUCAAAGGGAUGCUUGUUGUCAAAAGAGCUGGUUGGCAAAGACUCUUAGAAAAAAGUUAUGUUUACAGUAGAAACCCAACAAAAUGUUAGAACACGUGACUUUGAGACAACUUUAAAUGUAAGGCCAAGGUUAAUAUCUCACUCUGUUUCAGGCUGAACUACCUUCAUACAGAAUGACAAAUUGACUGAGAAGCUUAUUGAUCAAAUACAGUUGAGAUAAGCCAUUAAAAUUUUUAAAUGGAGAGACCAGGAAUUUCUCAUAGAUACCACACACCCCAACUGAACAUCUACAGUACAGUCAGAGGAUUUCUAGAGUAAAUACACGCUCAUUUAAUGGAUUUCAUUGUCUUUACUGUUUUCUAUAUUGUUGAGCUUUACUGAAGACAACAAACAAUUAAAUAUCCCAUUUCAUUUUCAAUGAGGUCAUCACCUACAGCCUUCAUAACUAUCUUGAAGGAAUUCCCAUAAAUGCAUUUGGUGGCUUUUUCCACCCUGUGCUCCUCCUCCUUAUUUCAAGCUUAGUUAUUCUCCUGAAACACGAAUGAUUGCUCCAUGAAGUUCAGAGCAGAUCAUCUGCUGUUAGUGGAGAAUGAUAUGAUAGCCAUGCCCAUCCAGCAAAACUUGAAUAGAUGCUGAAAAUAUGUUGAAGACAACUUCAGUUUCCACAGUGGGUACAGCAUUUCUGACACAGAGUAAUGGUAGAAAAGCACUAUGCAAAUGCCACCUGUAGUACACUGACACACUUCUUAGCUACACUGAGAACCACUGAGUUUUCCCUUUACAUCUAAAUUUGAUUAAAAAGUGAAAAUACACUUUUCUUUCUUCUGCAAACUUCUCAGGUGAGCAGCUGUACUAACCAAUGUGUUCCCCUAGUAUGUGGGAACAGGACUCCUGAGAGGCCCAUACACAUUUUGGUGGUGCAAAUAAUUUUCCUUACUGCAAUAAUGGUAUCAGUACCAAGAGUGGACAUUGUGUGUCUGUCUGACACAAUCAUUACAUAACCACUAAGUAAACAUAAACUUGUGGAUGGUUUCAAACAAAUUUAGAUGUCAAUGGGGCAUCAUUUUGAAAGCCGUGACCAGCCAACACGGUGCUAAGGCAGUGCUGGUUGAUGAGGCGUGUAAUCUCUACUUGGCCUGUCCUUGCAGCAGCAAGUCUUUCAGCAGCUGGAUUUGAAGAAAGUUCGAGUUUUCCUGACAGAAUGACAUUCAUAUCUUAAAGUAAAUUAUUAGUUGAGUGUUUAUGGAUUACUGCAUGCUACAAUGUGAAUAGGGCCUUUUGUUGUACUGUAUAUCCACACUACCUCAGUACUACACAACUGGUGCUGACAAAAGCAUUUCUAGGAGUUAACUUUAGAACAGACACACCAAUUAACUGAAAAACUUUUACAGUGAUAUCUGAUAUUUGGCCACUCUUCUUGGCAGAAUUGGUAGAGUUCAUUUAAAUUGGUUGGUUUCCUGGCAGGUUCUUGACUUUUAAGUAUAGUCCACAAAUUUUCAGUAGGGUUUAGGUCAGGGCUUUGGGAAGGUCAGCCUACUUUAUCUGUUUCAAAACCUGUUUUGAUGUGUGUUUGGGAUCAUUGUCCUGUUAGAAAACCCAACUGUGUUCAUGUUUCAACCGUCUAGCUGUUGAUUUGAGGUGAAGUUGAAGAAUUUAUUAAAGCCUUGAAAUAAUGAAGGUCGUCCUCCUUCAUUAAUCCAUCCACUGACAGCAAAACAGCCCCAGAGCAUGAUGUCACCACCACCAUGCCUGACAGCUGGUGUUUCUAAGUUUGAAAGCCUCUCCUUUACUCCACCAAACAUACCUCUUGUCACUGCGGUCACGUAGAUCAAUCCCUGACCAUGAAACCUUUCUCCAGAAGGUUUUUGGGGGGUCUGUGUGGGUAUGUGCAAAUUUCAGUUGAGCUUUAAAAAAUGUUGAUUUUGAAGGAAGGGCUUGUUUCUUGGUCAGCACCCUCUUGGUCAUGGUGAUUUAAACAUGCUUCACUCCACCAGUUUCCAGUUGAUGGCAGACUUGAAACUCUGCGGUUCCCAGGUUGUUCCUGAACAUCCUAAACAAUUUCCUCUCAUCUGAGGGUGACAGAUUGGGUCUUUCUUACAGACCACAGCAAAGUGGAGACACAUCUGAAUACCUUUUACUUACACAGAAUUGUUUGAACUGAUGAUCUUGGAAUCUGCAGUUGUUUACAAAUGACUCCAAGAGACCUUCCCAACUUGUGUAAAUCUAGUUUUCCAUCUUAGAUCUUCACUGGGUUCCUUGGACUUUCCUGUUAUUCUUAGUGUUGGUCCAUUAAAUAUGCUGGCAAAGAGAAACUACCCUUGUAGUCAUGCUCACUAACACAAAGCUAACAAGCCUUGGUCAUGGCAAGUUAACCCUCAUAAUGUCCUGGGGUCUUUUUAGACCCCAGAGGACAAAAGGUGUAUGCAAAUUGGUAGGACAUUAUGAGAGUUAAAAGCUAUUAUUGAAAGACAUUGGCAAGUUAAUGUAUGUAUAUAUUUGAGAUUGUAUAUAUAAUUUUGAUCCUGGGUUGAUUAGAGAAAAUCCUAAAUAAAGUCACAUGUGUUCACCCA